GAGAUCAGAGCUACAAGUGCCGGGGGGGGGGUGGGAGCAGAAGGAGAAAGGGCGUCUGAUGCCAGCUGCCAACAUGACAGAAACGCUGCAGCUCCCGGCGCUGCGGGUCCCCGAGCAGCAGGUGCUGGAGGGCGGCUGCGCCUGGUCCAGCUCGUCCACCCCGACCCUGCGCAGGAAGCGCUUCAAGAUGAGGCGGAUGAAGAACGUGCAGGAGCAGAGCCUGGAGGCCGGCAGGUACCAGGAGUCUCCUUCCUCCAGCAAGGAAUACCUGCAGCUCCCAUCCAUUGAGAUCACCCCCUCCAGUGACGAGGACACCCCCUGGUCCAACUGCUCCACUCCCAGUGCCUCCCCGCGCCGCAAGCGCUUCCUCCUUCGGAAGUGGCUGCGCGUCCGAGAGAAGAAGGAGUGCAGUGAGAGCAGCAGCCAGCAGAGCAGCCAGCAGAGCAGCCACGACGAUGACUCUGCCCGGUUCCUGAGCCCCUCCAUGCCUGAGGACAGUACCGCCAGUAACUCCAACCGCAGCACGCCCGCCUGCUCCCCGAUCCUGCGCAAACGCUCGCGCUCGCCCACGCCGCAGGACGCGCCGGGGGACGCCAUGGUGGAGAAGGGCUCCGACCACUCCUCGGACAAGUCGCCCUCCACGCCGGAGCAGGGUGUCCAGAGGAGCUGCUCCUCGCAGUCAGGCCGCAGCGGGGCCAAGAACUCCAAGAAAAGCCAGAGUUGGUAUAAUGUGCUGAGCCCCACCUACAAGCAGCGCAAUGAGGAUUUCAGGAAACUCUUCAAGCAGCUCCCGGACACCGAGCGCCUCAUCGUGGAUUACUCCUGUGCUCUCCAGAGAGACAUCCUCCUGCAGGGCCGCCUCUACCUCUCCGAGAACUGGAUCUGCUUCUACAGCAACAUCUUCCGCUGGGAGACCCUGCUGACAGUUCGCUUGAAGGACAUCUGCUCCAUGACCAAGGAGAAGACAGCACGGCUGAUUCCCAAUGCCAUCCAAGUUUGCACUGACACUGAAAAGCACUUUUUUACCUCCUUUGGGGCUCGGGACAGGACGUACAUGAUGAUGUUCAGACUCUGGCAGAAUGCUCUGCUUGACAAGCCCCUGUGCCCCAAGGAGCUCUGGCACUUUGUCCACCAGUGCUACGGCAACGAGCUGGGGCUGACCAGUGACGACGAGGACUACGUGCCCCCUGAUGAUGACUUCAACACCAUGGGCUACUGCGAGGAGAUCCCCGUGGAGGAGAACGAAGUCAACGACAGCUCCUCCAAGAGCAGCAUGGAGGCCAAGCCCGAAGCCAGCCCUCAGCUGCCAAAGAAAUCUGUCACUGCCAGCACCCUGACCUCCACAGGCAGCAGUGAAGCCCCAGCCUCGUUCGAUGGCGUGCUCCCAGAAGAGGAGGAGGCAGUGGCAGAGAGUCCUGUGGAGAAGGACCUUGGCAUUGCCAACAUCAUGGGAGAGAAGAUCGACAUCAUUGGCCCUGUGAACUCCCCCUCCCUGGACUUCAAUGACAACGAGGACAUUCCCACAGAGCUCAGUGACUCCUCAGACACCCACGAUGAAGGGGAAGUCCAGGCCUUUUACGAGGACCUGAACGGCCGCCAGUACGUGAACGAGGUGUUCAACUUCAGCGUGGACAAGCUCUACGACCUGCUCUUCACUGACUCCCAGUUCCAGAGGGACUUCAUGGAGCAGCGCCGCUUCUCUGAUAUCAUCUUUCACCCCUGGAAGAAGGAGGAGAAUGGCAAUCAGACCCGAGUGAUCCUCUACACCAUCACCCUCACCAACCCUCUGGCCCCCAAAACUGCCACGGUCACCGAGACCCAGACCAUGUACAAGGCCAGCCAGGAGAGCGAGUGCUACGUCAUCGAUGCCGAGGUGCUGACCCACGACGUGCCCUACCACGACUAUUUCUACACCAUCAACCGCUACACGCUGACUCGCGUGGCCAGGAACAAGAGCAGGCUCAGGGUUUCCACAGAAUUACGCUACAGGAAGCAGCCUUGGGGGCUGGUGAAAUCCUUCAUUGAGAAGAAUUUUUGGAGCGGCCUGGAAGAUUAUUUCCGUCACUUGGAGAGCGAGCUGACCAAAACAGAGAGCACGUACCUGGCUGAGGUGCACAGACAAUCCCCCAAAGAGAAGGUGAGCAAGCAAUCCACGGUGCGGCGGCGGAAACGCGCCCACGCCCACCUGAGGGUGCCACACCUGGAGGAGGUGCUCAGCCCCGUGACCACCCCCACGGAUGAGGAGGUUGCCCAUCGCAUCAAGCACGUGGCAGGUUCCACCCAGACCCGGCACAUCCCUGAGGAGAGCCCCAGUGGCUUCCACCUGCAGAGUGUCUCCAAGCUGCUCCUUGUCAUCAGCUUUGUUCUGGUGCUGCUGGUCAUUCUCAACAUGAUGCUGUUCUACAAGCUCUGGAUGUUGGAGUACACCACGCAGACACUGACGGCGUGGCAGGGCCUGAGGCUGCAGGAGAGGUUACCCCAGUCUCAGACAGAGUGGGCCCAGUUGCUGGAGUCCCAGCAGAAGUACCACGACUCAGAGCUGCAGAAGUGGCGCGAGAUCAUCAAAUCCUCCGUGAUGCUCCUGGACCAGAUGAAGGAUUCUCUGAUAAAUCUCCAGAAUGGCAUCGGGUCCCGGGACUUCGGGUCAGAUCCAGAGGAGAAAAGGAAACGUUUCCAUUGACAGGCAGGAAUGCAGGAGGCCAGAGGACGGUGUGCAAUAUGUGUAAAUAGGAUAUAUAAAUAUAUAUAUAAAUAUAUAUAUAUAUACAGAUAUAAAUAUAUAUAUUAUAUACAGAUUUUAAGAGAAAAAAAGAGAAAAAAAAAGAAAAAAAAGCCUAAAGAGGGGAAGGAGUGACCUCCAACACUGGCUGAACUGGAGGGGCUCUGGGAGUGUGGGGUGUGUGUGUGGGAGGGCUGUGCUCUCCCAGCACUGGGGUGUGCUUAGGGCCGUGCCCAGCUCUGCUCCCUGGGCCCGUGCACUGCUCCUCUGUAAAAUUCCUGUCUGUCUGUCUGUCCGUUCUGUUUUUGUUGUCUCAAAGGGAAGCAUCAGUGUGAGUGGCCCCCCCUGCCCAUCCCCAUCCCCUCCCUGUGCAUGGAGGUCCCUGCUGUGCUCUGCUAUCUCCCAAGAGGACACUGUCACUGUCACCUCCCUCACCCUGCUGCCCACAGGGGAUUGGCAAUCACUGCCAAUCCCUUCCAGAGCUGCUCUGGAGAGGAGGGGGAGCUGCUGUGGCUCUGGGGAGGGCAGAUCCCCCUUCAGGCCCCUCCUGGGAGCAGGAAUUUGCUGUCAGGGCAGCCAGGCUGGCUCAGAGAGCAGAGCUCAGAGCUGACCCAGCUGCAAUCCCUUCCACACCCCCCCUGUGCUGCAGUGACAGCAAGGGCAGUGUCUGCCUGCCAGGCGUGUGCCACACCUGUGACAGUGUCCCCUUUACCUGUUCUCUGCUGUCCCUGUGCUUGGCCCCCUGCCACUGAGCCAUCCCUGUGCUGCAGGUCUGCAUCGGUGCUGGCAUCACCACCCAGGUUUAAACAGAAAACCCAAAUGAGGAUUGAUUUGCAAGCACUCCCACUACCCAGCUCAGCAAAUCUCUCUCCUGUUUGUUCACCCAGCCUUUGUCUUGUAAAAUCUGUGGGGGAAGAAGGAGGAAAAGCAGCAGCUUCCUUUCCUUGCCUGGGAUGAAUUUCCAUAAUUGUAUCUGUGCAGCAACAGCCAUCACUGUGGAUAUCUGUGUGACUGCAUCCGUGGGGCAACAAGGCUUCCAAAAAUCCAGGAGAGGUCAGGAAGGGACACAGGGACCAAGGGAGGACAGGCAAAAGGGCCCAGCAGAGGGUGGCAGGACAGAGCUGGCUGUGAGGCACUGGGGGUGUCCCCUCAGCUGCAGCACUAGGAAAAGCCAGUGUGCAUUUUCUGCUCUUCUGGGGACAAUUCCAGACUCCAGGAGCAGCCAGAUGGGGAAGAGGGGCAGCUUGGCAGUGCUGUGCAGUGCACAGACUCCUCUGGGACUGGAGAGGGGAUGCAGGGUUCCUGAAGGGUUUCAGAAAGGCUUUGGCCUCUUCCCCAGCCAAGGUGGGUGAGGGGAGUGCCAGUGCCUUGUCCAGCACUGGGAUCUUUCCACCUUCUGGCUGGCAGGAGGGGGGCAGCUGCAGUUUGGAGAUGGGGCAGGUGUGGCUCCUCCAGCAUGGAUAAUUGGUCUCUGUAGCACAGAAUAUCCUCAGUGCAGCCUGAGGAAAGCCCUCCAAGCUCCCACUUCCCAGUGGAUGCAGGAGUCACCUGCUGAUUCCUCCCCAUGCCCCACACCAGACCCCAUGUGCAGGAGCGUGGAUGGAGCCAGGCUAUCAAAAGGACAUUUCAGACUGUGAAAGCAAGCUCCAGCUGGGGAAAACCAGAGAGUAAUGGCUAUUUAUGACUAUUUAUUGAAUUUAAUGCUGCUGACUACUGUACUGCUCCCUGGCUUUUUUCCAGGGAGGCUGCUGUACCAUGAAAAUGAGGUGCUAGGGCCUGGGAAGGGAUUCUGGGGCUCAUUUUCCCCACUGUGACUUGCCAGACUGCCCCAGAGUCCCCCUUCCCCCUCUUACUCCCUCCCACAAUUACUGAGCACACAGAAUUCCCCUGCUGCUGGCAUUUCCCUCUUCUAGAAUUUAAUUUCAAAGCACCAAGCAGGACAGCACAGAGGGGUCCAGGACAGAGCCCACUGUGAAAGGGGAACCUGGAAUGUGGGGUCUCCUCCACCUGGAGGCAGAGAAACCAGAGAGGGUCACAGAUAAUGCUGUUGAUCAGUGUUUGUUGCUCACAUUCUCCCUGUCAGGGAGGCAAGGAGCCCUUUUUCUCCCCCUGACUCCUUUCUCCUGUUCAGGUUUCCAGCUGCAGGCUCAGGAUGUUCCCUAGGUUGGGCUCCAGAGACAGAACUGCACAAGCUCUGUUAAAUCAGGCCAGGCAGCUGUAGCAAUCCCAACACUGAUAUUUGUCCUACCUGCACAUUAAAAUAUUUUUUAAUUGUUGGACACCUCUCCUGGCGCUCAGCAAUGUGAAAUCCCUCAGUGGGAGCACAAGGGCAGGGGCACUGAGCAGAACCUGGUGCUGCAGUGUCCUUCACACUGAGGGAGGUUUCCCUUGGAGGCCUCAGGGCUUUGGGUUUUUUUAGUGAUUUCUUUUUCCCACUGGAUGGGGUUCUCACUCUUGUUUUGCCUCUUAAUCUCUCACAGUAGUAACAAAAAGGGGGAAAGCAAGGUCUCAAGGCACUGAGGGUUUAAAGAAAACCUUGGAGUGUUUUCACUUCCUCUGGAGGGCUGGGAUAGGAAUCAGCUGCCCCUGAGCAGUCCCAGCUGACAGGUGAAUUCCUGCUGGAGCCAGAGCCAAUUCUGGAUUCCAUUUCCUGGAGGGAUCAGUAGCACUUGCUGGCAGUGAGAGGCCUGGCUGGUGUUACAGAGGGUGGUGCUUCCCCAGCACUCACAGCCAAGGCUGGCUCCCAGCAGCAGGGUUUGGCUUCUCCCCUUGCUCACUCACCAGAAAUCCCCCUGGAUUCUUCCCAGGUGCAUUUCCCCUCCCAGCCUGACCCUUCCACCUGCACCUCUGCUGGGGUUUGAUUUGCAGGAUCUGAACAACCACCACGACAGGCAUUAUAAAAAUUAUUUUUGUUUUUUAAAAGGCAUUUCCCCAGCCAAGCAUGCAAAAGCAAUUCCAACAGCUUGGAGCCUAAUUCCUGCCAAGGAAGGUGCUUCCUGUUGGGAGGAGGGAGAAGGGGGAGCAGGAGGCUCUGACCCACCAGUUUGUGACACAAACCUUGGCACAGCCUCACCCCUGAUAAAUCCACACCUUAUCCCAGCUUAUCUGAGAGCUCUGGCAGCUGGGCUGAGUGGAUUGCAGUCCUGCCUCAGUGCUGUGCAGCCAGGCAUCCCCUGAGUGCAAACCAGAGCUUUCUGCCUGUGAAGGCCCUCAGGGACCAAACCCAGGUGAUUCCAGGUGCUGAACUGCCCAGGGCAGGGGCACUGCUGGGCCUGCACCCUCCAGGGAGUAAAUGUGGGAAAUAAAGGCAGAGAGGCACUUGCAGUGGAAGGAUAAAGAGCUUUUGGGUGCUCUGCACUCCAGGCACUCUUCAGCCACCAGACUGUGCUGUGAGCUCAUACUGACUGACACUGGCUUGUGUCUGAGCCCUUCCUGCCUCCCUGGAGUCCUUUGGGAGAGGAGAGGAGAGGCACGUGCCUUUGCUGUCCCCUGAGCUGCCUGUGUGACACAGAGGCUGCAUUUACACCUGGGUGACACCUGACCCUGCUUGGCUGCUUCUAAACCAGAAGCAGAAACCUUAGGCACAGGAAACAUCUCUAGGGCAGUAGGAGCCUGGGCUGGGAGAGGAAAGGGUUCAAAGCACAAGGCUGUGCUGGGUUUGGAGCCCUGAAGGCACAAAGCUGCCUCUGAGAUAACAGGGCAGGUGCUGGGAGUUCCCCUCUAGGAAUGGUAAUCCUGGAAUGCUAAUCCUUGUCCUUAUCAGACAGCUCCAGCAGCUCACCUGGAUGGAGAUAAGGACAGACUUUGCAGCCUCCUUGGCUCCUUAGCACUGUCCUGGCAGUGACAUAAGAGUUUAUUCUUACCUUUGUGCAAGAAGGUGGAAAUUUCUUUUCCAGAGAGUGGCUGGAGACACUUUAGGUCUGGGUACUGGAGACCUUCUGGAUUUGCUCUGGUGUGCUGCAGGAGCUGUUCUCCCCAGGAGCACUGGCAGGCAGCAGCUGCCUUUCCCUUCCCCAGGAGCACAGAAACAAACUCCUGAUUUGCAGCUGGAACUGUCUGCUUCCACGUCACACAGAAAAUCACUCUAAAAAUCACUCUUUAAAGCAGCAGGGCCUGGCUCAGGGGGCAGCUCUGUCCUGUCUGCCCAGGCAGCUGCUGCCACCCCCAGCUCUUGACAGAUCUGUGCUUUCUGCACUGCCUGCUCAGCUCCAAGGGGCUCUGCCCACGGAUCUCUGCCAGGCUGCCACUGCCACAGCCCAUGGCACAGCCCCCUGGGCUCUGCUUCAUCUUUUCAGCCUCAGCACCACUUAAAGUACUUGCAGGGGCUUGCUUAAAGCACAGCGCAGAACAGAGACUCUGGAACCAAAGCCCCUGAGGGAAGUGGCUGACAGAACACCUGUGCCAGGGUGGCUCCUGUGCCAGGGUGGCUCCUGUGCUCUCUGAGCUCUGUGGCUCACAGAGCACCUGUGCCAGGGUGACUCCUGUGCCAGGGUGGCUCCUGUGCCCUCUGAGUUCUGUGGCUCACAGAGCACCUGUGCCAGGGUGGUUCCUGUGCUCUCUGAGCUCUGUGGCUCACAGAGCACCUGUGCCAGGGUGACUCCUGUGCCAGGGUGGCUCCUGUGCCCUCUGAGUUCUGUGGCUCACAGAGCACCUGUGCCAGGAUAGUUCCUGUGCCAGGGUGGCUCCUGUGCCCUCUGAGUUCUGUGGCUCACAGAGCACCUGUGCCAGGGUGGUUCCUGUGCUCUCUGAGCUCUGUGGCUCACAGAGCACCUGUGCCAGGGUGGUUCCUGUGCCAGGGUGGCUCCUGUGCUGAUUUUCAGUCUGCUCCCCACCAGACACGCUCUGAUCUCUGUGCUUUGCAGUCUCUCUAGCACGAGUCUCUCUGUGCCAUAAAACCUCUCUUUCCCCAGAUGUGCACACUGGCCAAAUACUCUCGUGUCUUGGGUGACUGUGACAAGGCCAUUCCCUGAUCCAGGCAGCCAGCAUGGGCUUCUCCUAGCAUGGAUCCAUGGCAUGCCAUGCGCUCCUCCUCUCCCACACGUUGUGCAGUGCUUGCUAUGGCUUUUCCCUGUCCCCUCCCACCUCUGCUGCUGGACAAUCAUUACCUGUGUCAUAGAUGGUCUGACCUGGUGCUGUCCCUGCCUGCCUUCCCCUCCUGCAGUCUGUGUGCUCUUCAAGUGAAUGUGUUUUAUUUUAUUUUAUUUUAUUUUAUUUUAAUUUUUUUUUUUCAGUAGGGAAAAGGACUUCCUUCUGCUGAAGGAGUUAUAUUUGCACAUGGCUCGGGGAGGUUCCUCCUCUGGCCGUUUCUGUUACCUCACUCAUUUAGGCCAAUUCCAUUGCUAACGUUUAAGGCCACCUUCCCUGUCCCCAACCCUGAGAGUAGGUAGGGAAUGAACCCUUUGUGCAGCUCGGGCUCUGGAGCUGCCCAGUGGAAUUGGGAUUUGGGAGAGCAGCUGUUACAGCUCCAUCCAGCAGGGAGGUGGAGCCUGUGCCGUGCACAUCAUCCCCAUCUCCACGUUCCCACCUCCUGGGAAAUGGCCCUUGGAGAGCAGGGAUGGAGGCACCGACCUGGCUCUGGGCUGGAUGUGGAGGGAGGGAGGAGCAGCAGAGCAGUGGCAGCAUCACAGCCUCCCACGAGCAGCCUGGCACCUCUGGGACAUCACCAUUCCAGUGGGAUUUCAUCUCCCACCAGCGCUCCAGGGCUGGAGAAAGCUGCUAAAACCCUGGGGCGUGUUCUCCCCACCUGGGUUUUGUUCUCCCCACCCUGGUCCUGCGGUUCCUGUGCACAAGUGAUGACCAACGAGGGUCUGCUCUCCUCAGCACGGCACAGGAGCAGCUCCUACAACCACCACAGGCACCUGCUUCCCUGCUGGAAGCCCCUCCAGAGCCUGGGAGGCGGGGGGCUGCUGGCUGAGGUGACUCUGGGCUGGCUGGGGGAAGGAUUGUGGGUUUGUUUUAGGAGCUGUCCCAACCGUCAGAAACUUUGCGCUGUGCGCAAAAAAAAAAAAAUACACAAAAAAACCACAAAACAAAAGAAAAAACAAACCAAGCUGCGGUUCAAAGCGAUACUGGAACGUUCUGGAAUGUAGGAAUUGUACAGGCUCUGCAGCCAAACUCUGUGUAAGUAGUUAGUACCAUGGAAGUACGGUAUCAAUUAAAAAAUCUAUCCAACAACCA